AUGGACGGCGCGCAGCAGACCAACCGCGCUCACAGGCCUGCAAAGGCACCCAAGAAGGGCCCAGAGAAGGGCAAGAACCCAAAGGCAUUCACCUCGGCGUCGUUCAGGAGGGCAGAGAAGCAGGCUAGGAGGAACGUAGAGAAGGACCAGACCCGCCUACAUGUCCCCGCCAUCGACCGCACCUUCAACGGCACCGCAGGUCAGGGAGGCAAGGAUGUCGAGCAGGAGGUCCCGCCCGUCAUUGUCGCCGUAAUGGGGCCCUCAGGAGUCGGCAAGACGACCCUCAUCCGCUCGCUCGUCCGCCGGUACACGAAGAACACGAUGGUCGACAUCAAGGGACCCGUCACCGUCGUCUCUGGCAAGAACCGCCGCCUCACCUUUAUCGAGGUCCCGAACGACUUGGGAGCCAUGAUCGACGUUGCCAAGGUUGCAGACCUCGUCCUGCUGAUGAUCGAUGGCAGUUUUGGCUUCGAGAUGGAAACCUUCGAGGCCCUCUCAGCGCUCAACUCGCACGGUCUGCCCAAGCUCAUCGCCGUUCUCACCCACCUCGACCUCGUCAAGACGCCCGCCAUGCUCAAGGCGCAGAAGAAGCGGCUCAAGAAGCGUUUCUGGACCGAGGUCUACGACGGCGCGAAAAUGUUUUAUUUGUCCGGAGUGAUGAACGGGCGCUACCCCGACAGGGAGAUCCUCAAUCUCAGUCGGUUCAUCUCGGUCGCCAAGUUCCGCCCUCUCACCUUCCGCAACUCGCACUCGUACUUCCUCGUCGACCGCUUCGACGACCUCACCUCCCGCGAAGUCCUCCGCAAAGACCCCAAAGCAGACCGCCACGUCGCGCUGUUUGGCUACCUGCGCGGCGUACCCCUCCGACCACCUGGUCCCUCGAACUCCGUUCGCGUCCACAUCCCCGGCGCAGGAGUCGACGCUUUCGACGUUUCGCGCAUGCUCGAACUCAUCGACCCUUGUCCGUUGCCCACGAAGGACUCGGAGAAACGGCGCAAGAUGGGCGACGCGAACAAGGUUGCGUACGCGCCUAUGAGCGGCGGGUCAGGGCAGGGUGUGACGUGGGACGGCGAGCGCGUGUGGAUCAAUACGAGUGGGACGUUCUCGAAGCGCCGCCUGGAGGACGGCGAGCAGCUCCCGAACGACGAGGUGGGCGAGGAGGGAGUCAAGAUGGUCCUUGACUUGCAGGACGCCGACGAGACGCUCGCGGAGAGUAUGGCCAAGAGUCAGAUUCGGAUCUUUGGCGGGUCGGAGCCCGUCACGGCGGCUGAGUACCAGGCGCAGCAGGCGGCUCAGGCGGAGGCGUCGACUUCGAGCGGCAAGCGGCAGCGUCGCGCGGCCUUCAACGAUGCUGUCGGCGACUACGACCCGGCCGAGUACGACGAUGCGAGCGACGAGGACGACGAUCUGAACGAGGAGGACUUCGACACGGACGAUGAGGCGCUUGAGGAGGGCGACGAGUUGGCGUUUGAGGGGAACGGCAAGAAGGGUGGGAAGCGGAGAGCGAGCGCGUCGGGCGGCGAGCGGACGGAGGAUGUUGCGUACGCCGACAGCGAUUCCGACCUCGACCUCAUUCUCGAUGACGACGAGCGGGCCGCGCGGGAUGCACGUGCUGAGUCGGACGACGACUCUGAUGAGGAUGACUUCGACGAGGACGAGGACGACGAGGAGGAACAGGGGCCGCAGUGGAAGAAGAAUCUGGCGGCACGGGCGGCGGCGACUAUGAGUUCGGGACGGCGGCGGCAGAAUCUCAUGAAGCUCAUCUACAGCUCGACUUUGACGCCCGAGCAGAUCGCUGCUGGCGAGACGGAGGACACGGUCGCUGCGCAGGAGGAAGCGGACGCGCGGAGGGAGGCCCUCGGUGAGGAUGCGGCGGACGACGAGGACGAUCUGUUCCAGCUCGCCAAGGACCGCGCGCAGGGCGAUGACGAGGACAUCUUCCGUCUGCCGGUCAACAUCGCGGAUCUCGAGGUCUGGGAGGACGAGGAGUUCCUCGACUCGAUCCGGCACCUCUUCAUCACCGGCGACAGCGCUCCGACGGGCGAUGGCGCGUACGAAGAGGAGGGCGGCGACUUUGAGGACCUCGAGGCGGAUGGCGAGGGCGAUGCUGGCGACAGGUCGCUGUUCCCGCCCGAGCUGGACGAGCUGGACGAGCUGGACGAUGAGGAGCGCAAGGCGCGCGAGCUCGCUGAGAAGAAGGAGGAGCUCAAGCGCAAGUUCGACGCCCAGUACGAUGACGACUCGGACGAAGAGAAGAUGGACUUUUACACGGAGCAGAAGGCCGAGAUGGAGCGGAAACUCAAGGCUACGCGCGCCGAAUUUGCCGAGGACGACGCCGAGACUCGCGCACUCGUCGAGGGCUACCGACCCGGCACCUACGUCCGCAUCGAGCUCCACGGCGUCCCGUGCGAGCUCGUUCAGAACUUCAACCCGCGCAUCCCGAUGAUUGUCGGCCACUUGCUCGCCCACGAAGAGUCGUUCGGCUACGUCCAGGUCCGACUCAAGAAGCACCGCUGGUACCCCAAGAUCCUCAAGACGAACGACCCGCUCAUCUUCUCGCUCGGCUGGCGACGCUUCCAGACCGUCCCCGUCUACUCGCUCGACGACGGCACGCGGAAUCGCAUGCUCAAGUACACGCCCGAGCACAUGCACUGCCUCGCAACCUUCUACGGCCCGAUCUCAGCGCCCAAUACCGGCUUUUGCGCCUUUACGAGGUUCGGCUCGGAGACGCCUUCGUUCCGCGUCUCAGCGUCGGGCGUCGUUACCGACAUCAACGGGACGACCGAGAUUGUCAAGAAGCUCAAGCUGACGGGCACGCCGUACAAGAUCUUCAAGAACACGGCGUUCAUCAAGGACAUGUUCACGUCGUCGCUCGAGAUUGCCAAGUUCGAGGGCGCCUACAUUCGAACCGUCUCUGGCAUUCGCGGUCAGGUCAAGAAGGCGCUCGCCAAGCCCGAAGGUUGCUUCCGUGCCGCGUUCGAGGACAAGGUCCUUAUGAGCGACAUCGUCUUCCUCCGCGCAUGGUACCAGGUCAAGCCGAGGCAGUUCUAUAAUCCCGUCGGCAAUCUCCUCCUCCGCGACAAGUCGGCGUGGCAGGGCAUGCGCUUGACCGGCGAAGUCCGCCGCGCCGAGGGUGUCAAGACUCCGCAGGACGUCAACUCGCUCUACAAGCCCAUCGUCCGCGAGACUCGCCGCUUCAACACGCUCAAGGUCCCGCGCAAGCUGCAGGCAGCUUUGCCGUUCGCCUCGAAGCCCAAGAUGCAGCUGCCGCAGAAGAAUAAGACCUACCUGCAAAAGCGUGCCGUUGUUAUGGAGCCCGACGAGAAGAAGGCGCUCUCGCUCCUGCAGCAGAUCCAGGCGAUCUCGCGCGACAAGGACGCCAAGCGCAAGGAGGCUAAGCAGGCGCGCAAGGUCGAGCGGGCGAAGAAGCUGGCCAAGGAGGACGAGAAGCGGGGCGAGCGCGAGAAGAAGGAGAAGCAGGAGUUCUUCGCGGCGCAGGGUCGGGCAGAGAAGCGCAAGGCCGAGGGCGGGCGCUUUGCCAACAAGAAGCGGAAGCGCGAGUAG